ACUUUUGAGUGUAACAUCCGCUGUGAACACUACGGGCUAUAUUGUGGAAAGUUGUUAUGGAGGGCUCUGUGUCCAACUUAGAGAUCUGUAAUUUAGCCUACACGGGCAAAUUUGAGCAACUUAAAAAAUGUAUUUUGUCUGACAGACGUCUGGCAGCGAGAACAGAUCAGGACCACAGGACUGCUUUGCACUGGGCGUGUUCAGCUGGACAUGCACAUAUCGUUCAGUUUCUUCUGGAUCUUGGAGUUGAGGUGGAUAUUAAGGAUGAUGCGUCUUGGACUCCUCUGCAUAUUGCAGCUUCUGCAGGAAGAGAGGAAAUAGUUAGAUCUCUAAUAGGCAGAGGAGCACAACUGAAUUCAGUCAACCAGAAUGGUUGCACCCCAUUACAUUAUGCAGCAUCAAAGGACAGAUAUGAGAUAGCCCUGCUAUUGCUGGAAAAUGGUGCCGACCCUAAUGCCACAGAUAAACUUGAAUCCACACCUCUACACAGAGCCUCAGCAAAGGGAAACUAUCGUCUCAUCCAACUUCUCUUAAAACAGAGUGCUUCUACUAAUAUUCAGGACUCUGAAGGCAACACACCACUCCAUCUUGCAUGUGAUGAGGAGCGAGUGGAGGCUGCAAAGCUCUUGGUCGAACACGGUGCCAGCAUUUACAUUGAGAAUAAAGAGGAAAAGACACCUUUACAGAUUGCCAAAGGUGGACUUGGUAAUAUUCUUAGGAGGAUUGUAGAAGGCUGAAGCUGCUUCAGGCUGGUCGGCUCUACAGACAUGAGGAGCUUCUGUCCCAGAGGGGAAAAAUAAAAGGACUAGAUCCUGGACUUGGCUGUGUGUGGGAGUGAAGUCUGAAAAGUACAUGGUCAAUGUUUUUGAAAAAUUUUCAUCUUUUUUGUAUUGUUGUUUAAUAAAACAUGCACUUCUCUUCAACCUACAUCUAACACAUAGGUUAUUUUAAUCUGUUUUUUUGGGAGGAAAGUUUAACAUUUUGAAAUCUUAAGUAUCAUUAGCUUACAGUUAUUUAGUUCACAAUGAUGUUGCUUUAAUAGGGAAAUAAAUGAUUAAAUACUGCUAAUAUUGUUAUGUUUGCUUUUCAGACACAACUUUACAGUAUGUUAUACUAGAGCUGACAGAAAUGAAAAAACACUAUUGCAAUAAAUAUUUAAGAAAA